AUGCAAAAAGCCAUUGAGGACCUUGAACUGAAAAUUGAAAAAAUCAAACUGGGUGGUGGCGAACGCGCACGUCAACGACACUUGUCCAGAAACAAAUUGCUGCCACGCGACAGAAUUAAUCGUCUGUUGGAUCAAAACUCACCAUUCUUGGAACUGUCGCCUUUGGCUGGUUACGAAUUAUACGAGGAUGAUGUUCCUGCAGGUGGCAUCAUCACAGGUAUCGGACGCGUUAAUGGCGUCGAAUGUAUGAUUGUUGCAAAUGAUCCUACUGUCAAGGGUGGAUCCUACUAUCCCAUCACAGUCAAGAAGCAUUUGCGAGCACAAGAAGUUGCCAAAGAUAAUAACCUUCCCUGUAUCUAUUUGGUCGAUUCCGGAGGUGCCAACUUGCCUCGCCAGGCUGAUGUGUUUCCCGAUCGUGAGCAUUUUGGUCGCAUUUUCUUCAACCAAGCAAACAUGUCCGCCAUGGGUAUCCCUCAGAUUGCUGCUGUGAUGGGCUCCUGUACUGCCGGUGGUGCUUAUGUACCCGCCAUGUCCGACGAAAGUAUCAUUGUCAAGAAACAGGGAACCAUUUUCCUUGCUGGACCGCCGCUAGUUAAAGCCGCUAUUGGCGAAAACAUCAGUGCAGAAGAUCUAGGUGGUGCUGAUUUACAUUGCCGUACUUCGGGUGUGACGGAUCAUUAUGCUUUGGAUGACGAACACGCAUUGGUUCUUGCUCGCAGAGUUGUUGGCACACUGAAUCGGGUCAAGGAUCCCCAACUUGCCAUCCGUACACCUGAAGAUCCCCUCUAUUCUGCUGAUGAAAUCGGCGGUAUUGUUGGUGACAACUUGAAAAAGACUUUUGACAGCAAGAACAUUAUUGCACGUGUUGUGGAUGGCAGUCGAUUUGCCGAAUUCAAGGAACAUUAUGGCACAAGCUUGGUAACAGGCUUUGCUCAUAUUCAUGGCUAUCCUGUCGGUAUUGUUGCCAACAAUGGUAUCUUGUUUUCCGAGUCGGCUCUUAAAGGCGCCCACUUUAUUGAACUUUGCUCGCAGCGCGGUAUUCCAUUAGUGUUCUUGCAGAACAUCACCGGUUUCAUGGUCGGUUCUUCGGCUGAGGCAGGUGGCAUUGCCAAGAACGGUGCCAAACUUGUCACUGCUGUUUCCUGCGCCAAGGUACCCAAAUUUACUGUGAUCACUGGUGGCAGUUUCGGUGCGGGUAACUAUGGCAUGUGUGGUCGCGCAUAUUCUCCACGCUUUUUGUGGAUGUGGCCUAAUGCCCGAAUUUCCGUCAUGGGUGGUGAACAAAGUGCCAAUGUUCUAGCUCAAAUCACUCGCGAAAGCAAGGCCAAGCGAGGCGAAGAGUGGCCUGUGGACGAAGAAGAGAAAUUCAAGGCACCUAUCCGUGAAAAGUACGAGGCUGAAGGUCAUCCCUACUUUUCCAGUGCACGCUUAUGGGACGAUGGUAUUAUCAACCCACGGGACACGCGUAAUGUGCUCGGACUGGCGCUGAGCGCUAGCUUAAACGCCCCUAUCGAAAAGACCAAGUUUGGUGUAUUUAGAAUGUAGAAAAUAUAUCUUUUAGCGGCUAUAAUUAAAGAGAGGUGCCCAUGUACAUGCAUUAUAUUGAAGUUUUACAUAUUCGUUUACAGGAGGAAGUUCAUGUACAAU